GUGGUGGAGGGGUCUGAGCCACAUGCAACCAUGCCGCGAUGCAGUCACAGAAGAGACUGGGAAGCCUCUGGCACCACCUACCUCAGGCAGCCCUGGAACCUGAAACAGCAUAGGUGUUUAGCCAGCCAGGCUCUAGGAAUGGCUGACAGCAGCAUUAUCCCCUGGGAGGAGAGCGGCCAGUCGGAGCUCUUUUGCUCGCUCCAGCCGGGAAACAUGCCAGGUUGACUAGCCUGAUUCCCCCUUCUGCUGCACAGACAGCUAGAGCAGGUGGACUGAGCACCAGGAGCCCAAAUCUGCACCCCUGCCCAGGUCAGCUUCAACCUCCCUGAGCACAGGCCAGGCCCCACUCAUCUGCCCAGGCCUGGGGUGAAGCCGGCCAGCCACCUGUGGUGUUCAUUCUCCAGGUGCCUUCAGAAGGGAGGCAGACAGCUCCAGGAUUACCUGGGCGGUCAGGAGAAGCUGCCUUCACAGCAGAUCCCAGGAGUACCCCCUUCUGCCAGAUGUGUGAAGCCCAUGUGGAACCUUCCUUUUCCCUGAGUCCCGGCCAGUGCCUGUCUCAGUGCCGGAAGCCAGAUACCCGCAAGGCUACCAUGGCAAAAGGGACCUGGCACACAUAAUCCAUCUGCCCCAGGAGGUAGCCUGGGGGCAGCCAGAGCCUCUCUGCACAGAUCUGAGUCUGUAGAGGGAUUUCAGCUGUUCCACCCUUGUUGAGGGCGGAGCCAAAUUCUCCCUUCCACCUGUUGCUGUGGGGAGGAGGUGGCAGUGCCCCUGCGGACUGCUGAGCACUGGGUGGCUACGGGGCCCUGCUGGAGCCUCUGUGAGGUGGGGGUGGGGCAGUUAUUCUUGGCUGCUGCUGGAGGGUAGAAUUUCAGAUUUGUUUAUGCCUUUAGGAGGCACUUCAGAGCCAAAGGUGGGGCGUCCAGCUCAGCACUAACAUUCAAGUCACUUGGUCACCGGGAGGGUCCUACGGCGGGGUGGGGAUCGUGGGAGGGUGCUGGAGCACAGUGGCCCUGGGCAGGCCCAGGCAGGCAAGCCUGCAAGCCAGUGCAAAGGCAGGCAGUCCGCAUUUGGGGCUGCCCUGGGGACUGUGCAGGCCACACUAGGCAAAGUCAAUGCUAUUAAUAUCUGGCGCGUGAGCCCCAGCUGGGUGAUCCUCUUAUGCCUGUGGCUUUGGCCUCUGAGGCCAGCAGCAAGUGUGUGCCAUUAGUACAGUGGGCUCCUGAGGCCUCCCACCUUCUGUGCUUCUAGCCCCUACAUAAAGCAGACAGCCUCUGUCUGCCAGGGCUCCAGCCCCACCCAGCUCUUUACCUGCUGAGCUGCCCAUAAGAGUGGUUCCAUUAUGGAGGGCCAGUUCAGGUAGCAAGAGCUCCUGAACUGCCUUGGGAAGCUGCUGUGGAUUUAAGAGGACGCCAUGCCUCCGCUAACUGCCAGUGCCUAAGCCACACACUCUUGGGAGCACCCACCUCCAGGAUCUCCGUGCCUACUGUGUCCUUAGCCAUGAGCAACGCCCCUGCUUACCCUGGCAUCCGGAUCUCAGGGUGCUGGGCCCUUGGAGCAGAAGGCAGUAGCAACGCAGGGUCCCUGGACAGACUCCUGCCCCCCGUGGGUACUGGGCACUCACCCCGGAAGCGGACCACCAGCCAGUGCAAGUCUGAGCCACCGCUGCUGCGCACAAGCAAGCGUACCAUCUACACGGCAGGACGUCCUCCCUGGUACAACGAGCAUGGCACUCAGUCCAAGGAGGCCUUCGCCAUUGGGCUGGGCGGUGGCAGUGCCUCUGGGAAGACCACUGUGGCUCGGAUGAUCAUUGAGGCACUGGAUGUGCCCUGGGUGGUGCUGCUGUCCAUGGACUCCUUCUACAAGGUACUGACACAGCAGCAGCAGGAGCAGGCUGCCUGCAACAACUUCAACUUUGACCAUCCAGAUGCCUUUGACUUUGAUCUCAUCAUUUCUACUCUCAAGAAGCUGAAGCAGGGCAGGAGUGUCCAAGUGCCCAUCUAUGACUUCACCACCCACAGCAGAAAGAAGGAAUGGAAAAUGCUUUAUGGUGCAAAUGUCAUCAUCUUCGAGGGCAUCAUGGCCUUUGCUGACAAGACAUUGUUAGAGCUCCUGGACAUGAAGAUCUUUGUGGACACAGACUCUGAUAUCCGCCUGGUGCGGCGGUUGCGCCGGGACAUCAGUGAGCGAGGCCGGGACAUCGAGGGUGUCAUCAAGCAGUACAACAAGUUUGUCAAGCCUGCCUUUGACCAGUACAUCCAGCCAACCAUGCGCCUGGCAGAUAUUGUGGUGCCCAGAGGAAGCGGGAAUACAGUGGCCAUCGACCUGAUUGUGCAGCACGUGCACAGCCAGCUGGAAGAGAGGAAGCUGCGUUGGGAUAUGGCUGCGCUGGCCUCAGCACACCAGUGCCAUCCCCUUCCCCAGACACUGAGUGUCCUCAAGAGCACACCUCAAGUUCGGGGCAUGCACACCAUCAUCAGGGACAAGGAGACCAGCCGGGACGAGUUCAUCUUCUACUCCAAGAGGCUGAUGCGGCUGCUGAUUGAGCACGCCCUCUCCUUCCUUCCCUUCCAGGACUGUGUGGUGCAGACCCCACAGGGCCAGGACUACGCGGGCAAGUGCUAUGCAGGGAAGCAGAUCACAGGUGUCUCCAUCCUGCGUGCCGGGGAGACCAUGGAGCCUGCACUGCGUGCUGUGUGCAAAGACGUCCGCAUCGGCACCAUCCUCAUCCAGACCAACCAGCUGACCGGGGAGCCUGAGCUCCACUACCUGCGCCUGCCCAAAGACAUCAGCGAUGACCACGUGAUUCUGAUGGACUGCACGGUGUCUACGGGUGCAGCAGCCAUGAUGGCAGUGCGUGUGCUCCUGGACCAUGAUGUGCCAGAGGACAAGAUCUUCUUGCUGUCGCUGCUCAUGGCGGAGAUGGGCGUGCACUCUGUGGCCUACGCCUUCCCACGUGUGCGGAUCAUCACCACGGCUGUGGACAAGCGCGUCAAUGACCUUUUCCGAAUCAUCCCAGGCAUUGGGAACUUUGGUGAUCGGUACUUUGGGACAGAUGCAGUCCCAGAGGGCAGUGACGAGGAGGAGGUGGCCUCCACAGGCUAGCUUUCCAGGCUGAGCCCUCCACCCUCACCCCACUUCCUCUGCCUCCUGCCUGGGAUUGCAGAGCAAAGGGUGUUCAUUGAAGCUGGGUGUGGUGCCACAUGCUUGUCAUCCCAGCACUCGGCAGGCUGAGGCAGGAGGAUCACCAUGACUUCAAGGCCAACCUGGGCUACACAGUGAGUUCAAGGCCAGCUUGAACUACAGAGUGAGCCCUGUCUUAAAAAAAGAAAAAAAUGUUAAUUUAUUUUAAUUUACGAGAAAGUUACCAAGAAAUUUAAUCUACUUUAUAAAAUAAAUAAAGCUUUGGAAAAUAUAA